AUGAAGAGAUUCAAGAAAGGACCUAAGUUGAAAGAUAGGUACAAAGUGACUAAGGCUGAAGAAAUUUUUAAUGGGAAAGAAUAUAAAUUGUUUACUUGUGAAAAAAUACUACAGGUGGAUUAUAUCACAGAACACUCCUAUUUAUUUGCAUGUGUAACCCAAGAGUGCUGGAACCGUCCACAUAGUUGGACUUGUGUGAGAAGUCAGAUAAUUGAUCAUAGUGCUGUGAGAACAUCAUCUCCACCAAACAAGUCACCAUCUUUAGUGAGUUCAAGGGGAGGUGAGACGUGGUUUGAAGAUGAAGAUGAUUGGGGCGGCAAUGACAAUGAUGGAAAUGGCAAUGCAGAUAACUUCAACUUAGCUUCUUCUUCUCAGUUAUAUUUAGACAACAUGGCCAAGAAAGGCAAUGACCGAAGUAACCUCAAUAAUAUGAAUUCAAAUACAUCAUCAACUAUAACUGAUGUUGCACAAAGUUUGGAGAGCAAACUUAAUAUCAUUGAAGAUGAUGCAAAUGCCAAUGAAGCUGUUUGUGGUGCUGUUGGAAUUGUUGGUUGUGGUGUUGAAGGAGUAGAGGCAUCUGCUGUCAUUGAGGGACCUGAAGGGGACAUGAUUGCUGUGGAUACUCCAGAGCAACCUACUACAGAUAUUCCUGCACUUUUUCAGCCAUCUUCUAAACAAGAAGAUUGA